CUGUUUGACUCCAUACAAGGAAUCCAUAAUGGAUGUGUUUUUAAUGAUAAGGCGGAGAAAGUGCACCAUCUUCACAGAUGCGAAGGAGUCUACCACAGUUCAUGAGGUAAAGAAGAUAAUAGAGGGUAUAUUAAAAACCAGACCAGAUGACCAGAAGCUAUACAAAGAUGACCAGCCCUUAGAUGACAAUAAAACACUUGGUGAUUAUGGAUUCACAUUUGCCACAGCAAGAGCACAGGCACCAGCAACAAUUGGUUUGGCUUUCAGACAGGAAGAUGGAGAAUUUGAAGCUUUGGAGGUGACACCUUUGUCCAGUCCGCCAGAACUCCCAGACGUCAUGAAGCCACAAGAUUCCACUUCAGCACAUGCACAAGAACAAACAGCAUCAUAAUCACCUGUCUUAAGCUGUAGAAAUAUGUUUAUAAAAAAUUCUUGCUGAUUAGCCACUUAACUCACUUGUAACAAAUGAAGAGAAGAAAAUUACAAAAAAAAACCUUGUCAAAACACCCUAAUUAGUACUGGAGGAUGGAAAUGGUUCCGGACAUAUCUUAUCAAUGAUGCCUGCUCAUCUUAGAAUGAAAGAAAGAAUAUUGUUUCUCAUGUAGAUUUGUUUUUCUUUAUUUAUUAACUUCUAGUUUUAACAUUGCUACAAAAUACAGCAUACCCUUUUGUCUGCGAUAUAACACCAAUUUCCAUUCAGUUACCAUGGCAAAGUUAGUUUAUAAUGUGUGUUUGUGUGUGUGUGGUGGCCUGCUAAAGACCACUUGCAACAGAUGAAUGAGACUUAGUAAAUUUUAAACUAUCCUUUCAGAGAGAAAAUCAAGUACAUUGGUCAAGUGUUACAUUUUCUUUGUUGAUGCCAACUUCAUUAUCUCUCAAGAAAUCUGUUCAAUUUAGAAAUACAUUAACUUAAGAAAUUAAAAACAAGGUAUUGUACAUAAAGCAAUAUUCAAAUAUACAGUAGUAUUUUAAUAAGAUAAAAACAAACUCGUAGUAGCUUAGGACCUAGUUGCUACCUCUGAUAAUGAUUAGAGAAAAUUACUAAUUACUGGGCAUUAUACCAGGUAUAAAAAUGGACUGAAGCUUAUCAAUGGCAAGAGAUGGAACCUGCGUUCUUCAAGAAGGGGGCUAAACAAAUCUGAUAAGAUUAUCUAUAUAUAAAUGUUAUGUGUAUAUGUACAGUUUUUGUUUUUAAUGAUUUACAAAAUGUUGUGGACUUGUGAUAUAUUGAAUAAUCUCUGUAUUCACUUGAAAAAAACUAGCAUGGUCAGAUUCAUUGAAAUUCACACAACUGGAGUAAUCCCUUAUGUUCAUAUGCUUAAGCAAUACAUAUACAUUAUUUCAGAUUUAAAAUUUUGAGAACAAAAUUUUAAUAUCUGUAACUCCACCUCAAUCAGAAAUGUGGAACACCACCCUACUUGAACAUUGUUUCAUAAAUUGCAAAUAGAAUUGAGAAGAAAUUCUUAAAACAAAGGCCGAUAUUAAAUAAACACUAUAUACAAAUAUAAUACAGAAUGAUUUAAUUGCCUGAUGUGGAUAAGGGUAUUAAGACAUAUAAUGCUGUUGAAUGUGUGUCGCAAUAUACAUUUCUGUCUUUGAAAAUAAAUUUUACUGAACUUGAACAAAUAUCAAAGGUGAAAAAUAAUAGGCAUUUUGAUUUUAAAUGUCUGCAAUUUUGAGAAAAAAAGUUAAGUUAUCACACUGUAAUUUCCAAUAUGGAUGCAUUUAAGUAAAUCUGUCUUGACAUAUCUUUCAUAGUGAUAUUGAACGAAUUGUACAGAUGUUCUUUUUAUAAAUAUAUUCAACAUUAAAUCUCAUGUCAGCUGGAAAUGUUAGUUUUGCUUGUUUGAGAAAGGACUUUUUCUCCAAUUUCUACCAUAUUGAAAUAUUUUGCAUAUUACUGUUACCUAUUCAAACAGUAGGAAUAAGUGUUGCACUUGUAGCAGUGUCAAAAUCAUCUCCAAUAAAUAUUUAUGUCCUA